CCGGCCCCCCGCGCCAUGCCCCCCGUCCCCGCCGACACGGCCGCCCCGCAGCCUCCCGCCGCCCCGAGCCGCGACGCCGCCGCCCCGACGGGCUCCGAGGGCACCGAGCCCCCCGCGGCGGGAGAGGAGCGGACGGUGACGGCGCCGCUGGUGGGAGCCCCCGGCCCCCCCAGAACGGCCGCCCCGGAGCGGGAGACAUGGACCCGGCAGAUGGACUUCAUCAUGUCCUGCGUGGGCUACGCCGUGGGGCUGGGCAACGUCUGGCGCUUCCCCUACCUGUGCUACCGCAAUGGAGGAGUGCGCCGAGUGACGCUCGCCAUUCGCUGCGCCCGGCGGGCGGCGCGGGGGGGACCGGCGAGGGGGGGACGGCACGGCUGA